GGUGCGGCCUGCAGGUGUAGCUGGUAAUCGACUCCGCCGGGGAGGAGGCCGCAGGGCGCCGCACCUCUUGGUCCAUGGCGCAUGCUCCGCUUCAGCGGAGGACCCUCUCAGAAGCGGCGGCGGCGCUAGGCCUGGGCGGUGUCUCCGCGGCACUUCCCGGCGGCCGGCUGCUCUGAUUGGGGGCGCUGGUAGCCGGAGGCGGGAGCUGGCCCUGGCGUCCAGCCGUCACCGCCUCCUCCAGGUCCCAGCCGGGGACCCAGUCCCGCGAGCUGGCACUGCGGCUGUGGACAGCGGCCCGGGAGGAUUGCUCAGAAUGAAAAUGUGGCUCUGGUGUUUGGUGGUCUGUUUGGUCCUUGGGACCCUGCAUUCCGAGGUAUCUAGAGGGAAUCUGGCACCUGUGGAUCCUGAAACAAAUAUGAAUGUGAGUGAAAUUAUCUCUCACUGGGGAUUCCCUAGUGAGGAACACCUAGUUGUGACAGAAGAUGGAUAUAUUCUUUGCCUUAACCGAAUCCCCCACGGGAGGAAGAACCAUUCUGACAGAGGUCCCAAACCAGUUGUGUUCCUGCAGCAUGGCUUGCUGGCAGAUUCCAGUAACUGGGUCACAAACCUGCCCAACAGCAGCCUGGGCUUCAUUCUGGCAGACGCGGGUUUUGAUGUGUGGAUGGGGAACAGCAGGGGAAACACCUGGUCUCGGAAACACAAGACCCUCUCCAUAGACCAAGAUGAGUUCUGGGCCUUCAGUUACGAUGAGAUGGCAAAUUAUGACCUACCAGCUUCAAUUAACUUCAUUCUGAAUAAAACUGGCCAAGAGCAAGUGUAUUAUGUGGGCCAUUCUCAAGGCACCACGAUAGGUUUCAUAGCAUUUUCACGGAUCCCGGAGCUGGCCAAAAAGAUUAAAAUGUUUUUUGCCCUGGCUCCCGUGACCUCAGCCCAGUUCGCUACUAGCCCUCUAGUUAAAUUAGGACGAUUUUCAGAUCUUCUCAUUAAGGACUUAUUUGGGGUUAAAGAAUUUCUUCCCCAGAGUAUGUUUGUGAAGUGGCUGAGUACACAUGUUUGUACUCAUGUCAUUCUGAAGGAGCUUUGCGGAAAUGUCUUUUUUGUUAUGUGUGGAUUUAAUGAGAGAAAUUUAAAUAUGUCUAGAGUGGCUGUGUAUGCCACACACUGUCCUGCCGGAACUUCUGUGCAAAAUAUGUUACACUGGAGCCAGCUUGUUAAAUUGCAGAAGUUUCAAGCCUUCGACUGGGGAAGUAGUGCCAAGAAUUAUUUUCAUUACAACCAGAGUUACCCUCCCUCUUACAAUGUGAGAGACAUGCCGGUGCGGACCGCUGUCUGGAGUGGGGGGCAGGACUGGCUCGCAGACGUCAGCGACGUCAGUGUCUUACUGACCCAGAUCUCCAACUUGGUGUACCACAAGCACAUUCCUGAGUGGGAGCAUCUCGACUUCAUCUGGGGCUUGGAUGCCCCGUGGCGGCUCUAUAAUGAAAUAAUAAGUCUAAUGAGGAAGUAUCAGUGAACGCCAGGCUGGAGACAUUUACUGUCAAGUCAUGUUAAAUCUGUUUGCUUAAUUUCUCUAAAUAUACUUGUUUUCCUUU